GAUCGAUAUAAGCCGCAAUUGCUGGUUACAUCGCAAACUUAGGCCCUACUUGAUUCAUGCUGUCCGCCUUGUCCUUCCAAGGUCGAAGUGCGUGGAGCGCUUUUGCGCGCAGGAGCCCCAAAGGAUCAACACUUGCUCGCUUUCCCAACGCUGCAACUAGUAGACAGGGAAUAGCCGCAAGCCUCCUACUACCUAGGCUGCGGAAUCAAGGUAGUGCUUCCUUUCGCCAACGUAUAGUAGCGAGUUCCAAAAGCCCGAACGCGAUGGCAGCCCAAGAGGAUGAACAGAUUAAGCAGGUUGUGCUGGAUUUCUUGAAGACCGCUGACAUGGCCGUGGUCACGGAGAGGACGGUUCUGAAGCACGUCCAAGACACUCUUCAGCUCGAGCGCCCGGUUGCGGAGUAUAAGCCCCUCGUCUCGAACACCAUUGACGAAUUCCUCGCCACACUCGACGACGACGGCGACGGCGCCGAUGGCGGCGGCGAGGAAGACGAUCCGUCGCCGCCGACUGCCGCCGCCGCCACCAAACGCGGUCGCAAACGCGGCGGAGAUGGCGAGGAAGGCGCGACGAAGAAGCGACGCGGCGGGGGCAGCGGAGGCGAGGAGCUCCUGUUUAGUCGCGAUCUGAGCAGCCGGCGUAAGGCCCGAGUACGGCGAUGGGAGGGCAAACUGUACGUGGAUGUACGGGAGUUUUACGAGGCUGAGGGCGGCGAGGCGCCAACGCAAAAGGGCCUCUCCAUGGACCCCGGCCAGUGGGGCCGCCUGGCUCGGGAGCUGCCUCGGCUGCUGGCGGCGCAGCGGGCGGGGGACGAGGCGGCGCCGCCGGUGCAGCUGUCGACCACGCGGCUGGCCUCCAUUAGCUCCUUCAGGGGCACCAGCUACCUAGGUCUGCGGGAGUUCUACGAGAAGGACGGCCAGCUGGCGCCCACCAAGAAGGGAGUCAACCUGGGCCUAGCGGAGGCUGAGGCCCUGCUAGCCGCCGCACCCAACAUCAGCGCAGCAGCCGGCAUCAACACAGCAGCGGAGCCGCAGGAGCCGCAGGAACCACCACCACCGCCUGCAGCGACAGCGACAGCAGCAGCCCCUCGGACUUCGGCCGCCGCCGCCGCUGCUCCUGCCGCCGUAAAGCAACCCCCGGUCGCUGGUGGUUCUGCUGCUGCUGCUCCCUCCGCUGGUAGCGGUGGCAGCGGUGCAGGUGCAGGUGCCGCAGCCCCAGCUGCCGAGGUUGUGGAGCUGGGGGCCCACAAGCGGCUGUCGUUGAGUCGCUUCGGCGGGCGGCUCAGCGUUGACCUUCGGGAGUUUUAUGAGGACAACGGUCAGAUCCUUCCCGGCAAGAAGGGCAUCUCGCUUCCCACCGCCGACUGGUCGGUCCUGUGUUCCCACCUGCGGGAGGUGUGCGACGCGCUAAACCGCAAGGACAUGAACUACUGCCUGCAGCUCAGCGGGAUGCGCCGUGUCUCCCUCAGCAGCUUCAAGGGCGUCACCUACGUGGGGGUACGAGAGUUCUACGACAAGGGCGGCGGCGAGCUGGUUCCGGGGCGCAAGGGUCUCAGCAUGAACCCGCAGCAGUGGGCGGCACUGGUGGCGGGGGCGCCGGCCAUCAGCGCGGCACUGCAGCAGGCACAGGGGUAGCAGGAGGCAGGCAGGCAGGGGUGCAUGCAUGCAGACAGGCAGGGGCAAGGGUAGCGUGAGGGAGGCUGGAGAGAAGAAGGGGCGCAACGGUAAAGAGGCAAGCAGGGUAAGCAGCAGCGGUUGCAGUCGUACGGUAGCUGUUGGUGGUCGCAAGCAGGAUGGUAGGUAGGACGUUUGGGAGCGCUAGGCUCUCGAAGUUGGUCUGCUGGGUAGCUGUACGGCGUUGUUGAGACGUUGUCCCUUGCUUAGCUGCUGUGGGUGGAAUUGGUUGGUGGAGGUGGUGGGGGUACAUGCGGUUGCUGUACGACAUGCGUUGCGGUUGGGUUCAGGCUGUGGCAACUGUAUGAGUGCUGUGACAGGCUGGGCAUUGGCCAAGAUCCAGGAAUGGGUGUUGCGGCAAAGCUGCGACACCGUUGGUCCUUUUAGCGGCCGUGCUGUGUUGGCUGCGAGACUGUCACGCGCUCCCUUGUUGCCUUCUCAGCCAUUCCCCUCCGCAGCCGCGCACGUUAUGCAUUUCGCGUUGCAAACCAAACCGUACACCGCUCCAUAAACAUGCCUGUCCGUACGCCUGUGCCGUACUCUGUUACGAACACCGCAA